AUGUCAUUGCAACAAGAUAUGAACAGUCUGCUGCAUGCCAUGCGUGCACAGAUUGCUAUGUUAACCUCGCAACUCGCCGAGCUGCAGAACAACCCCCCUGCGGCAACCCCCUCGGUCGAGAAAAAGUUCAACAAAAAGGUCGAAGUUGUCACUGACCCUGGCGCCUUUGAAGGAGACAGAGAAUGCUACACCGUGGGAGUGUGGCCAACCUGGGACGAUCUCAAGAAAGAGAUCAAAAAAUAUUUCAAACCGCAAGCUGAGCGUGACUGGGCGCAUCAGCAAAUCUGUUCCUUCAAACAAGGAAACAUAAGGACAGAUGAUUACGUUACCCAGUUCCUGGCCCUUUCCAUCCAAGGAGGGCUUGGAAAUGAACAUGCAGUAGAACUGCUGGAACGCAAUGUGAACCCUCGUAUUGCAGAACAGAUCUACCUGCAAGAUACAAGAAACGAGAACUUGGCCCUGGCAGCUGAGGAAGUACGACGAAUCGGUAGAGCCAUGGAGCUUUAUCAAAUGCACCAAGGUGGCGGGUCCACCACCAAAAACAAUGAAUCCCAGAGGCGCCCUGGGUUAUCAAACCAAAAACAACAACACUCUCACGGGUUUCAGCCGUUCAGGCUGCAACCAGGUCGGGGUGCCCCGAUGGAUAUCGGUGCGGUCCAGGGCGGACAGACGCGCAGAUUUACCUGCUACAACUGUGGGCAGGAGGGGCACAUAGCCCGAAAGUGUACAAAUGGAGCACAGGCCGCUCAACAAAAAAAUCAAGGGUGCCAGGCGCGCCAACUAGAAGCUGAAAAGCCAGACGAUCGGCUCAAUACUCUGGCUGGUUGUUCGUACAACGAAAUCCGGGCUUUCUUCUAUGACCAACAGGUCAAUGAAAUGAAGGCCCAGGGAAAAGAGUUCAGAGCUUAG